AUGGAGCCUUUUCAACAUGUUAGCAAAAUUCAGCAGUACAUAAGGAUAAUUGGAAUGCCUUAUGCAAAAAGUAACUGUAAUGGAAAAAUCUAUUUUUUUGUAAAUGAUAAUGUGGAUGUGGAGAUUUUACAGGACACUGCUCAACAAAUCACUGUAAAGCUUUAUUUUCAGCAGUUUGACAAGCACAUGGUGACAUCUUUAGUUUAUGCUAAAUGUGAUGCUAUGCAAAGACUGGCUCUUUGGGAUAGUUUAUAUUGUUUAGCUGAUGGUAUGACAGAUCCUUGGCUCAUUGGGGGUGAUUUUAAUGUCAUUUUGAAUGAGGAAGAGAAAAUUGGUGGAUUGCCUAUUCUUCCACAAGAGUAUGAAGAUUUUGCUUUCUACAUCAAUUCUUGUGAUCUUACUGAGAUAAGCUUUAAAGGCAGUCCUUUUACCUGGUGGAAUGGGAGAGCAGAUAGGGAAUGCAUUUUCAAAAGGUUGGAUAGGAUGUUAUCUAAUGAUCACUUGCAGAAUUGGUUUGACCAUCUUGAGGUGGAGCAUUUGUCCAGAACUGGCUCAGAUCAUGCACCUAUGCUUCUUUCUUGCAAUGAUCAAACUCAGCAUUUUGUUAGGCCAUUCAAGUUUCUUAAGUUUUGGACUGAACAUGAGGAUUAUAAAAAGCUUAGUAUAAGAGAGGAUAUUGUCAAGGUGAAAGAGCAGCUCUUUGAAGAAAUGCCAUCAUACGGUAAUAGAAUGAUAUUGCAAAGAGCUCAGGAUAAGUUGAAGAGUUACUUGCAUUAUGAGGAGGAAUUUUGGAGACAAAUAGCUGGUUUUGAUCAUUUUGUAGAAGGGGAUAGAAACACCAGAUUUUUCCAUAGUCUGGUCAAGGGAAGAAGGAAGAGAACUUUUCUAAAGAAGAUUAAGAAUGCAGAUGGAUCAUGGUUAACAAAUGUGGAUGAUAUUGCUACAGAAGUUGUUUCCUUUUAUCAGAAACAGUUCACGCAGGAAGCUGAUCAGUCUGACUCACCUUUGUUUAAUCAUAUUCCAUUACUGGUCUCUCAGAAAUAA